AUGUCAGACAGUACUACUAAAACCAAGAGCACCAAGGAAUUGAACCACUUGCUGACUGAGGCCAGUAAAUACUAUGCAAAUAAAGAUUACAACAAGAGCGUUGAAAACUAUGGAAAAUUAAAUGAGUUGUAUUAUGACUUAAAUGGUGAAAAUAGUCCGGAUUAUUUGUUUUUGUAUGGAAAAAGUUUGUUUCAACUUGCAUUGGAUAAUUCAGAUAUAUUUGGAGGUAACCCUGGUGUUGAUCUCGAUGGAGAAGAGAAUGAAGUUGAUGAAGAAGGGUUACGUGAAGAAAGUGGUACUGUUUGCAAAAAAAAAAGUAAGAUGUUUCAAUUUGAUACUGAAAUAGAGGAAGAUGAAGAGCAAGGGGAAGAGAAAGAAAAAGAGGAAGAAGAAGAGAAAGAAGAAGAAGAAGAAGAAGAAGAAGAAGAAGAAGAAGAAGAAGAAAGUAAAGAAAAGCAUAAUAAACAAGAAUAUGAAGAUCUUCAAAAUGAUUUUGAAAAUGCUUGGGAUGUUUUAGAAGUUUCUCGUAAAUUAUAUGAAAACAGGCUAAAAAAAGAACCUUUGCAAUCUAGUUCUGAUAUAAUAUUAAGAUUGUCCGAAGUUCAUGACAUUUUAGGGGAAAUCUCUUUAGAAAAUGAAAACUUUGAACAGGCUUCAAUUGAUUUUGAACAAUCAUUAAAUUAUAGGAAACAGUACUUUGAAAACAAUAAGGAUAGAAAAGAUCCUACCAACAGAUUAAUAAUUGAAUCUUAUUACAAAUUAUCAUUAUCAUAUGAAUUUCAACCGAAAAGAGGACCAGAUUGCGAAAAGAAUUUAGGCAUUGCUAUUAAGUUAUUAAAAGAUAGAAUCGACCAAGGUAAAAGUGAGGAAGGUGAUAGUUCAUUACUACAGGACUUAGAAACCAAAUUAAAGGAAACCAAAGAAUCUAUAAAAUUAAAUGCUAAUAUGGAAAAUCAACAAAUAGAAAUGAUGAAGAGCUUAUUGUCUGGAGGCGCUGUUACCAGUCAUAGUACUGUCAAUAGCAGCCAUGCAAAUGUGCAUGAUUUGAGUAGUAUAGUUGUUAAAAAGAAUAAGAAAAGACCGGCAGGAAACGGUGCUAAUGAUGACAAUUCGCAAAAAAAGGCUAAAAAGUAG